GCACAUAAAUUCACAAGACAAACAACAAACAAACCAAACUCAUGAACCACAACCAAAAAAAUGGCAAAUACAGCAGAGCUUGUAUUCAUCCCAGCCCCUGGCCUUGGUCACAUCAUGUCAACCAUCGAGGUCGCAAAGUUAUUCGUGAACCGCGAUCAACGUCUUUCCAUAACCGUCCUUGUCAUCAAGCCUCCUAGCUCGAGUUCUGGCUCGGCUAUCACCGCCUACUUCGAAUCAUUAGCCAAAAACGCUAUUAAUCGCGUAACGUUUGUAGAACUCCCUCAAGACGACGCCCCGCCUAUGCAUGACCCGAAGUCUUUUGUGGCUUCUUUCAAUGAAUACAUUGAAAGUCAUUGUAAACAUGUUAGAAAGGUUGUGGCUGAGUUGCUGAGUCAACCGGGUUCGGGCCGGCUCGCUGGGUUUGUGGUGGACAUGUUUUGUACAUGCAUGGUAGAUGUGGCUAAUGAGUUUAAUGUUCCUACCAAUGUUUUCUUCACUUCUAGUGCUGCUUUUCUUGGAUAUGAAUUAUUUAUGCAAACACUCAAUGAUGAUGAGAAGCAAGACGUUGUUGAGCUCAGCAACGCGGAUACCGAGGUGUCGGUUCCGAGUUUUGUCAAGCCGGUGCCAACUAAAGUCUUUUGGGAUGUGCUCCGGACUAAAGACGGACUCGAGUUUGCUAUGUUGGGUGCGCGGAAACUUAGAGAGGUUAACGCAAUUAUGGUUAAUACAUUUUUGGAACUCGAGACACAUGCUGUCGAGUCGUUGUCUGCUGACAUCAGCGUCCCAAAGGUUUACCCAGUGGGACCCCUACUCAACCUAGAGGGUUCUUCUGGGAAACCGUCGGACGAUGAUGUCAUCAGAUGGUUGGAUAGUCAACCACCUGCGUCGGUUGUAUUGUUGUGUUUUGGGAGUAUGGGUAGUUUUGAUGAGGUCCAAGUGAAGGAGAUUGCACGUGCUUUAGAGCAGAGUGGUCACCGGUUCGUGUGGUCCCUACGUCGACCGCCAUCUAACGGAACAACAAAAGUCCCUAGUGAUUACGAGGAUCCGGGAGUGGUAUUGCCGGAGGGGUUUUUGGAGCGAACAAAUGGAGUCGGGAAAGUUAUCGGGUGGGCCCCACAGGUCGCGUUGCUGGCUCAUAGUGCGGUUGGAGGGUUCGUGUCGCACUGUGGAUGGAACUCGCUGUUGGAGAGUAUUUGGUUUGGUGUACCAGUGGCUACAUGGCCGGUGUACGCCGAGCAACAGAUGAAUGCGUUUGAAAUGGUGGUGGAGUUGGGACUGUCGGUCGAGAUAAAGUGUGAUUAUAUAAAGAAUUUGUUUGAUCCUAAAGCUAAGACCCCCAUCGUUAGCGCUGAGGUGAUAGAAAAUGGGAUACGACGGGUGAUGGAGGAUAAAGAGGUUAGAAGAAAAGCGAAAGAGAUGAGUGAGAAGAGUCAGGCAGCGGUGGCUGAGGGCGGUUCGUCGUAUGCGGCUGUUGGCAAUCUUAUUCAGGACUUUAUAAGUAACAUUUCCUAAAUACCUAUUGCUUGAAUAAAGAUGAUAUUGUAUUGUUAUGAAGAAAUAGAGGGGUUCUUUAGUUUGUUUAAUAGAGGUGAGAACUCAACAUUCCUAUACUCUUUUAACGGACUAAAAAUGAAUUUUACCAAAACGUUCGUCUUCUCCAACCACACAGUUGGAAUCCGGAUGCACCGAACCCCCCUUUCUUUCUCCUUCAAUCAGCGUAAGCACCAUGAUCACCAACUUCAAUUGGCCCGUUGAUGCUCAAAUAUGGUUAUAUGGUAUUAUGUGCUUGAUAUUGAUAGAAAGGCAUUGUAUGCUAUCACUAUGUGAUAAAACAAUAAAACAUACUGAUGUCAUAGUAUUGUUGAGUAAUUGUGUUUGAAACUUGAUUUCCUUGAACAACA